AUGGGUCGUGGUCCAGGAAAGCACCAGAAGAGAUUGUCGGCGCCAUCGCACUGGCUGCUCGACAAGCUCAGCGGUUCCUAUGCGCCCAAGGCAUCGCCCGGUCCGCACAAGUUGCGCGACUGUCUGCCUCUGAUCGUCUUCAUCCGCAACCGCCUGAAGUACGCGCUCAACUCCCGCGAGGUCAAGGCCAUUGUCAUGCAGCGCCUGAUCAAGGUCGAUGGCAAGGUCCGCACCGACCCUACCUACCCCGCCGGCUUCCAGGACGUCAUCUCCAUCGAGAAGACUGGCGAGAACUUCCGCCUCGUCUACGACACCAAGGGCCGCUUCACCGUCCACCGCAUCACUGGCGAGGAGGCCGAGUACAAGUUGGGCAAAGUCCGCAGAGUGCAGCUUGGCAAGGGCGGCAUCCCAUUCUUGGUUACGCAUGACGCGCGCACGAUCCGUUACCCAGACCCGGCCAUCAAGGUCAACGACACCGUCAAGAUCAACCUUGCCACUGGCAAGAUUGAGGACUUCAUCCGCUUCGACACUGGUGUGAUCGCCAUGGCCACCGGUGGUCGUAACAUGGGUCGUGUUGGUGUCAUCACCCACCGUGAGCGCCACGACGGAGGCUUCAACAUUGUGCACAUCAAGGACGCCAUUGACAACGAGUUCGCUACUCGUGAGUCCAACGUCUUCGUUAUCGGACGCGAGAAGCCAUGGAUCUCCCUCCCCAAGGGCAAGGGUGUGAAGCUCAGCAUCGCCGAGGAGCGCGACCGCAGACGCGCAUACGCUCUGGCCAACUAG